UUUAGUCUGUUUAGUUUCUUUUUUUUACUAUAACUAGACUUUUCUCAUUUUCUGAGUAAUCGAUUGUUAGCACGGGCAAUGCCCUUACUAAUAAUGUGAUCAAGAAAUGUAAAUGUGCAAACAUGGUUAGUGUACUAUUACUGUUGGAAAAAUGGUUGCGAACGGAGUCGAUGAGCAUCCUAUUCUGUGCUAUUUUAAUUCUACACAUCACAUUGACAACGUGUCAAGCCACAACUGCUGUUCCGCCAAUAUGUGAAACUGAAUUAAUAGAGGAAAUGCCUCAUCGAAUAAGGAAAGUAUGUGCUGCCCUGGAAAACUCGAAUCAGUUCGCUGAAGCGCUCAAUGCCUACAUCCGUAAAGAAGCCGCAGCACUCCUAUACCAAGGUGAGGAUUUAUUGGCACCGAGCAGCAACGGAAAGCGAACGGACGUGGACCAUAUUUUUCUGCGUUUUGGACGGAAGCGCUAAUUUCCACUGCAGUUAUUAACCAUUUCGAUUGGUUGAGUGAUUGGCACGGUUCAGUUCAUCCUGAUUACAUAUGGUCGAAAACAAAUUUUACUGAGUUAAUUAUGCUCAAUUCCUUGGUCACACAUCACUCAAUGCAAUCCAUUUUCGUUUUUCUUUCAAUAAUGCAGUCCAAAUCAUGACAUCAAUUUGUGUAUAAGCGAGAAUUAAAUUCAUGAAAGAUAAUAGCCGGCCCUCAGUGUGAUUUCGGUUUUAGGAUAUAAAAUUAUUGUACAUAUGUAAUUCCAUUCCCAAAAGAUGCUAUGAAAGUUAAACUUGAAUAAAUAAAUAUUAAUAUAAAAACCCUAGU